UUUUUUUUUUUUUUUUAAUGUGUCCUGUGUUACCUAAUUGGAUGUUUUGGAGAGCAAAAUAAAACUAUAGUAAAGAAUCUGUGCUAACUUUACGCAAGAAGGAAAGGAUUUGCUUUGAAUGAUUUUUCAGUGUGGUAAUUAUCUCAAUAAGAGAAAAGGAGUUGAGCAGUUGGGAAAUUUUCUUCAGUUGAGGACUCCAAAACGCACAGGCAUGGUAGGCUCACUUCUUCUCUAACUGAAGCCAGCCGAGUAGCAGUGUUAAAUUUUUUUACCAUUUGGGGAAACAGUCUCUUGCAAGAUGACUGCUUUAGUCACUGGACGUAUAAGGAGUUGUACUUGUCAAAUGUUUUCGCUGCCCUCGCUCUAACGCUGAGGUUUGACAUCUUUACGGAACAUGGUAAUAUCUUUAGUGCUUCUCCCAAAUUUGUUUCAUAUAAAAUGUCUGACUGGUUAUCUGAAGGAACUGUUCACUGUAACAGCUUAGAAAACAACAAAAAAAAUUUUUUUUUGAAAGAGGAAGUGGUUAGUAUGAAUGCAGGAAAUACAUUUUGCAACGGCAGCUCGAUCCUUUGGUUGGAAAUGCUUUUUUAUUUACAACGAGGGAAAAAAUGUGUACGAUUAAAAAGAGACUUUCGAAAACGGGUAUUGUUGCUCUGUUCCUUUAUAAAUGGAUCAGUGUUGAAAUCAAAGAUUCGAGAGGGAACGCUUUUGUUAUUGUCUUGUUCACGUAUCUAUCUAUCUGUAGAGUUUAUAUUCUGCGUAUACGUUGUCUCUCGGGGUGCCCGUAUUAAGUGAACAUUCUGAAUGGUUUCGGUUGUUUUGAUUCUUAAUAUUUGUCCUGGGUAAUAAUGGAUAUGUUUUCCUCUUUUGACACUUAACAUGGGAAACGGAAUUUAAUGGAAAUGUUCUCCAAUUAUUAGAUGUGGAGUAAAUGUAUUUAUGUCUGGAAACGGCAUAACUUUGAUCUGUGUCAUAAGCGAAUAUUAGUUAGAUGAGUUUUGUGGGUUUUUUUUUUAAAGGUUGUGACACUCAGUGUUAGUUUUACCAUUAAAAAUGAAUUUGUGGGGGUGCCUGGCUGGCUGAGUUGGUUAAGUGUCCGACUUCGGCUCAGGUCAUGAUCUCGCAGUUCGUGGGUUCGAGCCCCACAUCGGGUUCUAUGCUGACCGCUCAGAGCCUGGAGCCUGCUUCAGAUUCUGUGUCUCCCUCUCUCUCUGCCCCUCCCCCAAUCGUGUUCUGUCUCUCUGUCUCAAAAAUACAUAAACAUUAAAAAAAUUUUUUUAAAAAUUUAAUGAAUUUGUGAUAGGAAUGUUGAAACAUGCAAUUAUUUACUACGGUUAAAUGUUUUACAGAAGUGCUCUUUAAAUUGCAUUCAGCUCCAACUUUUAUUUUUUUUAUUUAUGAUUUUUUUAAAUAUGAAAUUUAUUGCCAAAUUGGGUUUCCCAAGCUCCAACUUUUAGUUCAUUUGCUAGCAAUUGCUACUGUCUCUAUAUUGUGAGUCUUAAUUUUCACUUAUUUGUUUUUGGUAUAAGUGGUUUUUAUGCUAAACAAUGGAGUUUGGUUAAAUAAACAUCCAGUAAACCCCAAGGAAGUCAAAAUGUCAAAAUCUCAAGAGUAUCAGGAAUGGUGGGGGUGGAGGUGAUACCAAAAGUGAAUUUACAUAGAGGUGAAAUACUUCCGAAAGCCUCUUCAGUGAAAUAUUUCCAGUGUGCAUUUUUUCAUUUUGACAUGAGACUCUGUCUUAGCCUUGUUUUAAUGUUCCUAAAAGCAUAACCAUUGACCAACCUCCACGUUUGCAAAAUGAUCUGCAAAAUAGCAAUAGAGCCCACUAAGAUAAUAAAUAGGUCAUCCCCAUGCCCCAGACCUGAAGAUUAAGAUGAAUUGAAUAGAAAUAAUAUGAAUAUUGGGGCGGCUGGGUGGCUCAGUUGGUUGGGCGUCCGACUUUGGCUCAGGUCUUGAUCUCACGGUCCGUGAGCUCGAGCCCCGCGUUGGGCUCUGUGCUGAUGGCUCAGAGCCUGGAGCCUGCUUUGAAUUCUGUGUCUCCCUCUCUCUCUCUGCCCCUCCCCUGCUCAUGCUCUGUCUCUCUCUGUCUCAAAAAUAAAAAAUAAAAAUAUUUUUUAAAAAUAUGAAUAUAUUCAUAUUUUAUGAACAUACGAAUAUGCCUAUACAAAAAUGAAUUAAAUACAUAAAAAUGAUAUUCACUUAGGCUUCCAUAUGGCAACUCAUCUAAGGAAAUAUUUUCAUUUUCACUGAGAAUGAGGAGGCUAGCUGGGGCAAGAGCUUGUUCUUAAUCUUUGGAUCUUGUUUCUACUACUCAUUAAUGGGAUGGCACAAGACGGUUUGCUUCCUGUCUGAGUGUGUUUCCUGUUCUGCGAAAUAAGGAUAACAUUGUGCACCUCAAGGGCUUGUUGUGAGGUUUCAGCGGUAUGUGAUCUGCAUAAAGGAGAGGCCUGCUUUUGGACCACGGUUAAGUGGUCGACACUUGUCAUCAUCUGUAUUUUGUCUGUUUGUGUCCCUCUCUUUUGGUUACUUCUGGCUCCUUCCUCCUUCGUUCUUUCUCCUUCGAGCUACUGUGAAUCACUUGAGUAUAUUUAGAACAUUCUAGGCAUCUAGGCAUUCUGUAAGAACACUUAUUGAACAAAUAGCGCAUCAAGAGGAUUACAAUAGGGUGCCUUUCGUGAGGGCUUUGGUUAGCCGAUAACGAUGAAAUGGAGAGACGAGGAAAACUCGAGUCAGUUGGAGAAUAAGAUAGCGUAUCAUAGGUUACAUGCCAAACUGCCUGGUGAAGAUAAUGAGAACAAUAGCAGUUUAAAAAAAUGGUUUAUGAGAGGGGUACCUGGGUGGCUCAGUCGGUUAAGCAUGCGACUUUGGCACAGGUCAUGAUCUCACAGUUUGUGAGUUCGAGCCCCGUGUCAGGCUCUGCUGACAGCUCAGAGCCCGGAGCCUGCUUCAGAUUCUGUGUCUCCCUCCUUCUCUCUGCCUCUCUCUUACUCACACUCUGUCUCUCUCUGUCUUUCAUAAAUAAAAGCAUUUAAAAAAUGGUUUGUGAGAGACAUCGUGUGGAAAAUCACCGGGUCCUGUGAGCAGCAAAUACGAGGAGUUCAGAUACUAGGAUUCUGCAUCUGUGAAAGCUCUGUGCAGAUGACAGAUUGUUGAGAUAGGCCUGAGGCUGGAAUUGGGGCCUGAACAUGAAGGAUGUGUAGAAAUUGAAAAGAUGAAGCAGGCAGAGGUCAACAGAGUGGAAAGUGCCGCAUCCAGGGCUCUGAGGGAACAUGCUGCUCAGGUUGGGCUGCCUGGUGGGGCAGGGGACUGAGUAGGGUCUCCUGGAGGGAUGGCAUGAGAACAGAUGAUGAAGAAUGUUAAAAGCCAAAUGGCAGAAUGAAUGUGACCCCGAUGAAAUGCUAUUGAACCUACUUCUCAAAAAACUCACGCUGGAAAAGUGCUUUAUAUUUUCUAAAGGGGUUCUGAUCCUCUCUAGAAUUCUUUUGUCCCUUUCUGGAUAAACAGGGUAAGGCUGUAAGAUGUUGAAUUAUCAUUAGCUGGAAGUGGCCCUGCUGGAUAUGGUACAGCCAAGACCGAAGUACGUGUCCAUGCCUCAAAUUCAGUUCUUGUCUGUGGACCCUAUGACUUUACUAUUGGAUUAUGUUGAAUGAGCUCUUUACUGUUAACCACUGCUCUCACCUACAGAACUGGCAGGUAAUAGUGAGUUGGGGUAAGGUGACUAAUAGCAAUUGACAUGAGGCCUCAGUAUCAGGGAGCCAGGGAGGAGAGGCGGGGAUUGUACUGGACCAGGAGGCAGACACCUGGAAGUUCACCGUCCAUCCUCACCACUGUAGACACAUUACCAGGCAGGCCCAGUGUUGUUACUUCUUGCAUAUUAUUCCUUUCUGGGUUAAAUUUCCUCCUUCCUGGAUGAUAGGUGGUUCUACUUUUCUUCCUUGAGGGUUUGUGAGCAGUACUUCCUUCUUUAUUUGUCUGAAGUCUUUAUUUUGCCCUCAUUCUACCGUGAUAGUUUAGCUAGGUAUAGAAUUCUCAGCUGACAAUUAUUUUCUCUAAACAUUUUGAAAAUAUCAUCCCGGUGUGUUUUAUCUUUGAUCAUUCCUCUUGGGAAAUUGGCUGUCCACUUAAUUGCAUUCCUUUGUAGAUAUUUGACUUUCCUUCCCUAGUUGUUAAGACCGUAUCUUUGCCUUUGGAGUUCUGUAGCAUCGCUAUGAUAUUUCAGAGUACAUACUUUCUAUUUCUAAUUUUUCUGCUUGGGGUUCAAUUGGGGGUUUGUUCCUUUUGUCAACGUAGGAAAAGCUUUCAGGUACUAGCUCUUCAAAUGUUGCCUGGGUUUCAUUCUCUCAAAUUGUUGGUUCUAGGUCUCCUCGUAGAUGUGUGUGAAACUCCUCAUCCUAUUCCCCAUGCCUUCUAACUUCGUUUCCAUUCCUUCCCUUUCUUUAUCUCUGUAUAUUACAUUUUGUGUAACUUUCUCAGCUACUUCAUGAAUUCUCUUCAGUUAUUCUAUUAUUUAACUCAUCUGUUAAGUUUUCAAAUUUCAGUGACCGUAUUUUUUUAUUUCCAGAAGUUCUAUUUGGUUCUUUUUCAUAUAUGCUUCAUUUUUAUAAUGUCUUACUAUUUUCUUCUGAGUUCUAUUGCUUCUUUUAUUUCUUUACUUUAAAUAUUCCUGUUUUAUAUUUUCUUCCAAAUUGUUCUUUUACCUCAAGUUCUUAUGCUGAUAAUUUUUCUCUCUAUUGUAUCACCUCUCAUGGUGGUUUAUUUCCUUGUGCAUUUGUGAUUAUUAUGGUCUUUUUUAUAUGAACAUGUCUUCAAUAGGGAUGGUUUUUUCUCUGAGAAUCCCAUAAAAGCAGGAUUAGGUGAAACCCAGCAAGGUUUUAUAUCGGUUUCUUCCAGACAACCUGGGACCAAUUUUCAUGUUAAUUACUUGGGUCGGGAGUUCUUGUACCAUCUGUAUAAUAUAUACAAGUUUAAGAUUUUGUUUCUCAGAGGACACACUUCCUCCACUCCACCCCAUAGCCAAAGACCUUAACAAACUUCCUAGCUGUCUUCUCUGUCACUAGAGAAGUUUUGUUAGGUGUCACCCAACUUAAAGAAAAGCAGAAAAAAUGAACACCGAGAUUAAAAUAAAAAACAAACCUGUGGUCUUACAUCUUGAACGAAUUGAGCGUAUAUGCUGAAUACCACAUGACAACUUUUUAGUAUUAAACCUUACUGGUUAGACGUCUGUGGCCACUCGGGUACUAAGGACGAACAGCUGCUAACGUACCGCCAAAUACAUCAGAUUUCUUCAGAACAGGAUGCAUGUAUUUAAUUCUUUCCCUGGGGUAUGUAACGUGACUAAUUUUUGUCCUCUUCUGAGGAACCGGUCUUUUCUAGAACUGCAUUAAAAGGGCUUUUAGUAUUUUUGUUCUUCACAGGAACCCCACAGCCAUAAAGAAAGGUCAUUUGGGCAUUAACUUUCUAGAAUCCGGGCUGUCAUCUUCAGCUGUACUCAUGUGAGACCUUGUGAGUGUCACAUUCUGGGGUGAGAUUAUUUAUUAAGGGGAGAGAGAGAAGAGAAAGAGGUAGUCAAUCUCCACCCUGCCACAGCUGAAAACGCAAGUUUCUUGCCAAUGACAAUGCCUUAGAAACAAGGGAAGAGAAGGGGGUCGAGUCUUGGAGACCAUGAUUUAUAUUUUAACAAGAUCUCGGGGCUCAUGCCGAAUGUUUCACUAGCCUACCUUGGGCCUGUGCCAACAUCAAGAUGAACGCUAUCGGCAUUGGCUUCGCUUUCAGCAGAAAUGGUCACUCACCUUUGGCACGUCAGCAAGCUCAAGUACGUCACCAAAUGGCCGAGGACAGCAGAGCCGAUUACUCGUCGAUUCUCCAGAAAUUCAACCACGAGCAGCACGAAUAUUACCAUACUCACAUCCCCAACAUAUUUCAGAAAAUACAGGAGAUGGAGGAAAGGAGGAUACUGAGGAUUGGGGAGUCAAUGAAGACCUACGCAGAAGUUGAUCGGCAGGUGAUUCCGAUCAUUGGGAAAUGCUUGGAUGAAAUAGUAAAGGCGGCCGAAUCGAUUGAUCAGAAGAAUGAUUCGCAGCUGGUCAUAGAAGCUUACAAGUCCGGCUUUGAGCCUCCCGGGGACAUUGAAUUUGAGGAUUACACUCAGCCCAUGAAGCGCACCGUGUCAGAUAACAGCCUCUCGAAUUCCAGAGGAGAAGGCAAACCGGAGCUCAAAUUUGGUGGCAAAUCCAAAGGAAAGUUGUGGCCCUUCAUCAAAAAAAAUAAGCUUAUGUCCCUUUUAACAUCCCCCCAUCAGCCUCCCCCUCCUCCCCCUGCCUCUGCCUUACCCACUGCUGUUCCCAACGGCCCCCAGUCUCCCAAGCAGCAAAAGGAACCCCUCUCCCAUCGCUUCAACGAGUUCAUGACCUCCAAACCCAAAAUCCACUGCUUCAGGAGCCUAAAGCGUGGGACUCAGUCUUUCUGUUUUCACAAAGAACUCAUGAAGAGGACGAUAGGGAAGCCCACGUAUGCUUUUGAAGCUAGGGACUAUGUUCUUUCUCUCAAGCUGGGCGCCGCGCCAGAGGAUUUCAGCAACCUCCCGCCUGAGCAGAGAAGGAAAAAGCUGCAGCAGAAAGUCGAUGAAUUAAAUAAAGAAAUUCAAAAGGAGAUGGACCAAAGAGAUGCCAUAACAAAAAUGAAAGAUGUUUACCUAAAGAAUCCUCAGAUGGGAGACCCAGCCAGCCUGGAUCACAAAUUAACAGAAGUCAGCCAAAAUAUAGAAAAACUGCGGCUAGAAGCCCAGAAAUUUGAGGCCUGGCUGGCCGAGGUGGAAGGCAGGCUGCCAGCGCGCAGCGAUCAGGCCCGGCGCCAGAGCGGAAUGUACGAGGCCCAGAACCCGACCACAGUCAACAACUGCGCUCAGGACCGCGAGAGCAGCCCGGAUGGCAGUUACACGGAGGAGCAGAGUCAGGAGAGUGAGGUGAAGGUGCUGGCCACGGAUUUCGACGACGAGUUUGAUGAUGAGGAGCCCCUGCCUGCCAUCGGGACUUGCAAAGCCCUCUACACGUUCGAAGGGCAGAAUGAAGGAACCAUUUCAGUAGCGGAAGGAGAAACGCUGUACGUUAUAGAGGAAGACAAAGGUGACGGGUGGACCCGCAUCCGGAGGAACGAAGAAGAAGGUUAUGUCCCCACUUCGUACGUCGAAGUCUAUUUGGACAAAAAUGCCAAAGAUUCCUAGAGGCCUCGGGGAGCCUUCCCAGGAGAAACCCUCCGGUCUGCUUGUCUCCACAGGCCUGGGCGCCCGCGCUGGGCUGGACUGUGGCCCUGGACAUCUCAGCCUGAAGUGACAUACCCCCCCCCCGCCCCCCCCCCCCCACCACCACGUAGCUGCUUGCCUUUUUCUUUUCCUUUUCUUUCGACAGCAUGCCCCUUGUGGCCCUGCUCCUUCCGUGGCCCAGUCCGGCCACCUCUGCGGGGAGCAGGUCUGUCCCUGUCCCCACCACACACAGGGCCACGGAAGGCAGCUAGACACGUGUUCCCCCCUCCCCGGGCUCCCGCCUCGGCCCUCAGUCUACCUGGAGCAUCCUGGCCCGUCCAUGGUUCACACUGUGCCUUUCGUGAAAACUUUCGCCACUGGUCGCCUCCCCCCGCCCCCCGCCCGGGAGACUAACAAAAUCUGGACGAGGAAGGCCAGGUGUGCACCAGGUGGACGGAGCGCCCGAAUGUCACUGACGUGUUCCCGUGUCCCGAGUCCGUUGAGUAUUCAGUGGUCCUUUUCUGGUUAUGGGUCCUCACCUCGCCCCAAACACUGGCCCUUGCAACAUGUCAUGGCCCGAGAGCGUCCACGGUGGCCACGGGGGCACGCACACGCAUGCACGCGCGCACCCCCCCUCCGUGCACGCUCAGCACACACGUGUUUUUAUCUGGGGCCCGUGCUCAGUGGCCUGGAAAGGUCUGGACUGGAUGUCCUAUUCCAGCCCGGGGGCCACGCACAAAAAGCCUGCCUCCACCCACCUUCUCCCUGUCGUCUCCCUCGUUAAUGAGCACUGUGGACCCUGGCGCUUUACAAACGAGGGUCUCGCCUCGGCGUUAGCUGGUCGCAGGGCGAAAAUUCCCGUCUUUCCAUGAAUUCCGAGAUGUGCGUCUUAGGAUUUUAGCACUUUCCUCACCAAAGACCCUGUGCUGCCCGUGGCUCCGGCUUCUGUAUGCUCUCACGUGUUCUGCAGGCCACGGAGACUGGACUGCGUUUGCCUCUGGAGCUAGGUUUCCCGCCCCUUGUGGAUCCUUGGGGACAACGUGAGGCCAUGGAGCCUGUGGCCACUCAUGCCUUAGAGCAGCGCAGCGUUCCUUCUUUUCUGGUGCAGAAACAGUCGGGAGAGAUCACUGGCUGGGAGUGUCUGUGGACGAGACCCCAUCCGAAGCCCAAGAAGGAAAUCGGGCCUCUUUCUUGUCUCGUUUGGCUUUCGGUAACUAGGCGGUCGCCUCGAACCUCCUCAAUUUUUCUCGACAUUUACGAAUCUAAGACCAGGGUGUCUUCUGGGAGCCGAAGGGACAGGGACAGAAAUGGGCAGGUGCUAAGGGCUUGGGCCUGUGUCCAGCGGCCCCAAAGAUGGUUCCUCUCAGCAAACCGGGGUUGACCAGACGCCUCCCUCAGAGCGGCUCGGCGACUAGAAACUUCCAGCAAGUAAACGCCCGGGGUUGAGCAAGUGAACCGAAGUAGCUUUGGGUUUAAAGGCGAGCCAGCGAGAGAGCAUGAGCCGCCCCCCUUCUGUCUCUCUGUCCUUCUGUCUGUCUGCCCCUAAAGGGGGCUACGCCCCUGGCUUGACGAUCACCUGCCGGAGAGGCUGCGGCCGGCCACUGGCUGUCGCGAGGCUGCUACGUUGGCGGCAGGCCUCCGGUACCCGCGGUGGCGGCGCACCCGUGGCCAACUCCUCAGUCUCGCGAGAGGGCCGGCUUGGCACGUGACCCGGAAGCCAGGCGGCCAAAGGGCGAAGGGGGGGCCGGGGCUCCCCUGCGUCCCUGCAAACCUACAGGUGCGUGGUUAGUCCGGGUGGCCCCGGGGCCUCCACGGGCGGCUUCUCCAGCCGCCGGGUGACCAGGUGUCCCCAGGAACAUCUGAAUCUCACCAGGCCAAGCUGACCACUCUCCACCCCACAGAAGAUGCUAAUGGUUUUUUAAAUCGAUUUGAGAGCCUCGGUAACGCAUGUGCAUUGCAUCUUUCACAUCCCGGGUCAGAACAGAUUCAUUUCUCGCAACAUAGGGGAUACGGUAGAAGCUGCAGUGAUUUGUCCUUUUCAUGUCUGUUAAACCUGAUAUAGAAUAUACUCGUAUCUUAUACCCCCUGCGCCUUCCCCUUCCCCCCUACCUUCCUUCCUCCUGUACCACCUGCGUCCAAAAAAGAACGCAUCGUAAGCACUUCUCAGUGUUCGGCGUGGGGUUUGCGCUGUGAGGCCGAGCUCAUCAAAGGAAAUAAGUGAUUAUGUGAUAGUUGAGACGUAUCGUUUACUCUGGGAGUCCUACUGGGAGCUCAUCUAUCUAUUCUUACGGACGCGUUCACGUAGGGUAGAGACGCGGAAUUUCCGACCUGCUUCCCGGCCUCCCCGCCCCGCACCCCCGAUGCCUGUGGUUUCCCUGCCGAUGCUAGAAUACUGUUGUCGUAAGAAUGACUAAGUUUUAAGGAGCCUGCCCUGACAAUGACCUAAAAACGAAACGAAAGACAGGAACUUGUCAUUUACCCCGUUUUUCCUUUGCAGGAUAAAAAGGUAUGGAAAGCCGUAAUGGGAUUUUCCUUUGGAUUUUGAUGGCGCUCGCCUCCAAGCUUCCAGGCUGUGAGGCUCAGGCCAGAUGAGCUGUAGCACAGGGGCCCCCUGAUGCCUUCUGGUGACAUCUGUAAUUACAGGAGAAAGUUUACUGAACGUGGAAAAAAAAAAAAAAAAGUUACAUCGAUGCUAAGUAUUUUUCCAGAAAUCUUGGUUUCAUACUUCCUCAUGCCUCUGCCUCCUUGUGUUUCUUCUAUCAUUAAAAAAACAAAAACAAAAACAAAAAAACUUCUUUAGAGAGUGAUCCAAAAUUCUAUUUUAACCUGACGUUGAGCACCUUUAAACUUUUUAGUUUAUUUGUGCGCGUGGCACUAAUUCUAAGCUUUGGAGGCAUCUCAAGUGUAACGGCCCAUUGCCAUUGUGAAGGUUCUGGAACUGCCCAUUUGUCUCUGGAGAUGGAAUUAAACCAAAUAAAGUGCUUCCAUUGGAAGGCUUAUAUUGACCUUGUAACUAUACGUUAACCCUCUUAAAUGUUAAAUAAAAGUAUAACCUCUG